UACAAACGCAUUUCUGGUCCCUGAACAGACUCAGAGAAAAAGCCACCAUGGUGCUGUCUGCCAACGACAAGGCCAACAUCAAGGCCGCCUGGGACAAGGUGGGCGGCCAGGCUGCCAACUACGGCGCAGAGGCCCUGGAGAGGACCUUCGCGUCCUUCCCCACCACCAAGACCUACUUCCCCCACUUCGACCUGAGCCCCGGCUCCGCCCAGGUCAAGGGCCAUGGCAAGAAGGUGGCAGAUGCGCUGACCAAGGCCGUGGGCAGCCUGGACGACCUGCCCGGCGUGCUGUCCGCGCUCAGCGACCUGCACGCACACAAGCUGCGUGUGGACCCCGUCAACUUCAAGCUCCUGAGCCACUGUCUGCUGGUCACCCUGGCCGCUCACCACCCCGCGGAUUUCACUCCCGCCGUCCACGCUUCUCUGGACAAGUUCUUGGCCUCCGUGAGCACUGUGCUGACCUCCAAGUACCGUUAAGCUGGAACUGGCGGCCCCCAUCCCGUCCCUACCUGGGGCCUCCUGCCCCUCCCUUGUCUGAAUAAAGCCUGAAUGGGCUGCA